AUGGCUGUUUCCGCCUCGGACAUUCGCAGUGCCUUAUCUCUUCCGGGCCCCUCGAAUCCCGGGCCGACAUCUCAGCCGCCUGUCAAGAAGCCCGCUGGAACGUCCACCAAGAAGCCCGAGGGCAUCUCCAGAGAGCUCUUCGCGCUUAUCGGCCCCUCAGCACCCUCCCUCGCUGCUCAGCUUGCCAAGCCUCGCCUCAAACAGAAACCGAACUUAGGAACAACGACUAACACCAAGUGGGAAUGGCGGCCUUUCAAGAACGAAGCCAGGAGUGACUCUCUACAACUUUGCCAUUGGGUAAAGCAGAGCUCGGAUAUUGAUGACGGUUACUCUUUUGCAAAGUACAACGUUGACACGAUCAUUUACACUUACACGCUGGACGAGUACACAGAGCUAUUGCAAGAUGACAACUGGACAAAGGAAGAGACAGAUUAUCUGUUUGCCCUGGUAAAGGAGUACGAAACCCGGUGGUAUGUAGUUCACGACAGGUAUGAGUAUCCUGGUGGAUCCGCUCGAUCCCUGGAGGACAUCAAAGAUAGAUAUUACAGCAUCUGCCGAAAACUUGUGCGCAAAAGGCCUUGGUCUGGUGAUGAGACUACCAAGUCUCAGUUAUUGGUCACUUUCGAGUUCGACAAAGAUAAAGAGACGAUGCGCAAGAAAUACCUCGAAAGCCUUGAUGAGCGUACACAAGAGGAAAUUGCAGAGGAAGAAGCUUUAUUCAUAGAGCUCAAACGGCUGGAACAGAACGAGAGACGGUUCAAGAAGGAUAGGGACGACCUCCUUAGAACUUUACUUGGCAUAUCCUCAGGCCUACCGGAUGUCAUCCCUGACGAAGAUAAUCUUAGCAGUCUCUCAAUCGACACCAAGAAGAAGAAGAAGGGUCUGGCCGAGGUUGAAACGCCGACUUCACCAAAUGUCAUCUCACUGGGUCCACCGAUUCCCAAACGCGCGCAACCGGUCAAGUCAGCUGCGCAUGACUCCCAGCAUUGUAUCACCAGGGUUGAGUUAUCAGCCAGCUCCGCGAACAAAUCACAUACAGCCGCCCAUUUACGUUCAUACAAGCUGCCAGCUCCAAAGGCUGCUAUAGCGCCCAAGGUCAACCAGACUUUGAUCGAACUUAACAUCACCUACGCCCGUCUCGUGAUGCCAACACGCGAAAACAGUUUGCAGCUUGAGUCUUUGAUCGAAACAACUACCUCGUUACUGGAGACGAAGCGACUUGUAGAUAAACUCGACCAAGAUAUCAAAGUGGCUAAGCAGAGAAUGGGUAUUCGCCAGAGCGGCGAGGCUGACGAGGCUUCUAUGGACGUAGAUGACACCCAUGGAGAGGACGCGGAGGGUGGAAGGUCUCAGAGCGUGGUGAGCACAAAAAGUGGCAGAGGUCGCAACAAGGCAGGUGUACAUGCCGUGUAUCCAGUUCAUUCAAUGACCUUUCACCAUUAG